AUGGAAGUUCAUAUAACUUCAAAGCAUAUGGUUAAGCCCUCCUCUUCAAAACUUCAUCUCUUUAAACCAUUCAACCUUUCCCUUUUUGACCAACUCGCUCCCGGAAUGUAUACUCCGGUAAUCCUCUUUUAUGCUAAACCUGGUGAUUCCAAUAUCGACGGUUCCCAAUUCUCAGAGAAACUACAACAAUCGCUUUCCAAAGCUUUGACUCAGUUUUACCCUGUUGCAGGUCGGGUGAAGAACAACCUUUUUAUUACUGAUUUCGAAGAGGGAGUUCCUUAUGUUGAAACCAAGGUGAAAGGUCGACUAUCUGAUUUCAUUGAGCCAACUCAGAAACUAGAGGCAAUGAACCGAUUGCUUCCUUGUCGACCCUUUUGCUAUAUUCAAGACUCAACAACAGCACCACAAUUGGCUGUUCAAGUCAACAUCUUCGAUUGCGGUGGGAUUGCAAUAGGUUUGUGUGUUUUCCACAAGAUCUUUGAUGGAGCUACCCUGUCUGCUUUCCUUAACAGUUGGGCAGCUUUCAGUCGUGGCUCGAACGGCGAAAUACCAAAUCCUGGACUGUUAGGGGCAUCGUCACGGCUUUUCCCUCCGAUCGAGUCGAUGCCGGAAAAUGCCGACUGGAAAAGCAUGUUCUUCAAUUACGACAGGCGUAUGAUGACAAGGACUUACGUGUUUGAUGCCAAUGCGAUUUCGACUCUUAAGUUGAAAGUGAAAAGCAAAAGCUUGGAGCAUCCUUCCCGAGCAUUAGCACUCACUGCAUUCAUAUGGAAACAUGUCAUCCAGGCAUAUCGAUCAGCUUCAGGAAUUCUAAAGCCAGCUAUUUUAUGCCAACCAGUUAACCUUCGACCAAGAUUGAAGCCCAUCUUACCGAGUUAUUCAAUUGGGAACCUGUUUUUGACGACAAAUAGCAUGUACAACCCAGUUGGAAAAGAUAUAGACUUAUCUGAGUUGGGUUAUCUAUUGAGACAAGCAACAAAAAGUGCCCCUAAUGAUCCCCAGAUUGUUCUGCAAGGCUUUAAAACGAUGACAGAGCAACUCAACCAUCUUGUAGAAAUGGUGUCAAAAGGGAAUGCAGAUUUAUUUGUUUUAAGCAGCUUGAUCAAUACCUUGGAUGCAAAUGAAGAUUUUGGGUGGGGAAAGGGGACUCUGCUUGGCAUUCCAGGGAUUGAUGGCCAUAAUCGAGAGUUCUGCAGCGGUUUCUUUAUUAAAAACGCUAGGCAACACAACGCCAUUGAAGUAUGGGUUACAUUACCCGAGAAAGAGAUAAAUUUUCUUGAACGUGAUCCAGAGUUCCUCGCAUUUGCUUCUCCAAAUUCUUACUUUGAUAAAAGUAAGAUCUAA